AUGACCGCUGCUUCAGAGGAUGCCAUAAUUCGACGAAAAUUACUAGUUGAAGGUGAGAGCGGGCUGGACGAUAGAAGAUUUGGAAUUCUGCUCAAGGAUUAUUUGCGUUGGGCUACAUCUGAUGAAACACCUGAGGCGAAUGAUGCCGCCUGUCAAACGAUACUGGAAAAAAUCCUACAGUGUGAAAAUGCGAUGGAUCAAGCGCUUCUGAUCCAGUUGAUGAAUAUGGAACAGUCAAACCGAUAUUCGGAGCUUCUGGAGGAAAUUGACAAGUCCAUAGAAACGGCACGUAUUGAUAUCACCAACCAAAGAGAACGUCUGAAGACGGCUAGGGUUAUUCGCAAAAAUCGCCAAGAGUAUCACAACCUGGCGAAGAUCGUGCAGGAAUAUCCAGAGAGGCAAGAGAGCUUACGGAAGCUUCAAAAAAUGAGGACUGAAUUAAACAACCUUGAGAACACAAACAAGAUGUACGAUGAGCGAAUCAGUUUGCGCAAGAAGCAGUUCCAUCUGUUUCUAGUCGCACUCCGUGAUCUGCAAAAACUGGUUGAACAAGACGAUCCAAUUGUUGAUCUGGAUAGUCAAAAGAACGCUGGCGUGGAUGAGGCGAUGGAUACCUCUUAG